GCAGAGAACCCCAGAAGCAGAGCGGGGCCAUCAGGAGCACCAGCAGCCAGAGGCAGCCUCGCAGCGUCCCUCCCGUCGGGUCUGGCACCAGCAGCAGCAUCCUCUGCCUCCGUCUCCUGCAUCUCCAGCCUGCUCUCCUUUUCCUGUUGCAUCCUCGGCUCCAUCAUGCUGCCCUGCCGCCUCCAGUGCGCCCUGGCCCUCCUCUCGCUGGCCCUGGCCCUCAGCCCCGGGGCCACGGCGCCUUCCGACCCCCGGCUCCGGCAGUUCCUCCAGAAAUCCCUGGCCGCAGCGGCGGGGAAACAGGAACUGGCCAAGUAUUUCUUGGCGGAGCUGCUCUCAGAACCCAGCCAGCCAGAGAAUGAGGCCCUGGAGCCCGGCGAUCUGUCCCGCGGGGCUGAGCAAGACGAGGUCAGGCUGGAGCUUGAGCGGUCGGCCAACUCGAACCCGGCUCUGGCACCCCGAGAACGCAAAGCGGGAUGCAAGAACUUCUUCUGGAAGACGUUCACGUCCUGUUAGCUUUAGAAAUCUCUCUCCUUUCCCCCCAAACCCUCACCUCCAGUCCCCCCCCACCCUUUAUUUCCCAGUUUCUUCAUGCCAGGAGCUGAAGACUGUAAUAUAUAAUAUGUUGGUAGGUUAAAAAUGGAAGAAAAAAAGGAAAAAAAAAAAGAAGGGGGAAAAAGGGAGGAAAAAAGGAGAAAAAGUUUGAUUUUAGAGUUGUUUUAAUAAAACAUUCAGUUUCAAUGGUACGCACUUUCCUCGAGUUUGUGAUCUCUUGACAAUUUCUUCAUGGAAACACACUGACCCAUCCCUGACACUGCAAGUCACGCCUAUGUGCUAUUUUUAAUUCUUUCUUGCAAUAAAGUUUAUGCUUCAAAG